AUUUACAAACGUCAGUUUUAACGUAUCUGUUUAUCUAGCAAACAGGAUUUCUUUGAAAAUAUUUUGUAGCAAAAUAGGUGUAUAUAUUGAGUGGUUUUAUGCAUUUAAGCCAAUACAUCGUUGUGUCUCUUUUUCGUCCUUAAUAUUAAUUACGAAUUUAGAACUGCAGGAUUGCGAAGAUGCGUUACUUAAAAUUAAUUUUAUGUGCGAUAUGCGUGCAUGUUAGUUUGUGUGUACCAGCACCGGACAUUACUGACUCUACAUACCAAGUUUUGUCAUCAAAGAUUGACACCAUCAAUUUAGAAUUGGCUCUAUUAAGGAACGAACAAGUUCAAACUAAGCAAGAGCUUAUUGAGGCAAAAACGGAGAUUAGAAGAAUUCAAGAAAAUCAGACAGACAGAUACGUGAUUCUACUGAGAGAGGAUGUGACCCUUCUGAAAUCAAAGUUGGUCAACGUCAACGCCGCACUAGAACAACGAAUGACGAGUUUGAAAGAAACUGUCUCAGGAAUCAACACUUCACUAGAGGAAAAAUGCCAGUCUGGGGAGUUUGGACCUCACCACAUUAACCCACGUCCGUCUUACCCUGUGACCUUGACCAUCAACUUUCAGCCAGCCUUCAAGAGCAAGCCGGCUAUCGUUUAUGGACUGAAGGUCUUGGACUCUGCCCAUAAUGCAAAUGUCCGUGUUAGCGGGUCAAUUACGGAGAUGACCAAUGCGUAUUUUAAAUUUACGAUCUCGGAAUGGGCCAAUACUGUUAUGUAUGGCGCCAAAUUUUCGUGGAUGGCAUGUCCGAAAACAAACACAUAACUUGAUGAUUGUGAUGUACACUCAUCCAUUUAUUAUGCCUUUUAACAACGUUUGUAAUACAUGUACUCAAUUAUGGAAUCAUUCUAAAUAAUACUGGUUUUUCUUAUAACAGACAUUUUAUUUGAAUUAUUUGAUGCCUCCCUUAUGCUUGUUUAAAGCGUGUGAAUUUUUAUAAUCUAAUGUUUUUUUUUUAAAGGUUGCAGCUUAUGAAUAUGUGUUUACAUUCAAACUAAGUGAUAUGACGAAAACCAGCAUUCAGUGUAUCUGACAUCAACAUAAGGUAUAUAAGCGAGAAAAGCUUACAGAAAUGUUGUGAUUGAUAAUGAAAUACAGGUCGAUAUAGCUCAAAUUUUUAUUUGGGUUGUAUUAUCACAUACUUUGUGACCAGGAAAAUCUUGGUAAAAUACCAUAUUAAUAAACAUUUCUCUUUCAAAAUGAUGCAAAUUCUUUAUAAAAAUAACAAUAAAAAUCGCUUGAUGUUUUAUCUACUGUAGUAUUGGACUUUAAGGCAUUAAGGCACAUGCUUACCUUAACCUAAGUUUAGAUUAUAUGUAAAACUGAACGAAUUGGUGUCGGAUGACUGAUAUUGUUUACAAGUCCCACUUGUAUUUAUAGAAAUAUUUCAUAUGAGACGCCAACUAUUUGUCUUUUAAACGUGUAACUGUAACAUUUUGAUUCUACAAACAUAUUCAAAACUGUAGUGGAGGCAAUGAUGCUAUUCCUAACUUACAUAAUGUUUCCGAUGUGAAAUUUCACAAGAUUGCUCAUUUGAAUUGUACACUACCUUUAUUCUAAAUAAAAUACUCAACAUAU